AUGACGAAGGUUGUAGCUAUCACAUUGCUAGCUCUGAGUCUGUUGACCCUGGCGAACUGUCAGGGAUCCUUGCUAGAAAUGUCUCAACAACUGUGGACGAAGCUUUUAUCGGGAGGAUUCUCUAAAGCUGGCAAGCUAGAUCCACUAAAGGUGCCGGUAAUCAAAGUGGAUCAAUCCGAAGGAAAUACCAGCUACAGAAUAAUUCUUCGGAACGUGGAGAUCACUGGACUAAACGAAUCUACACUGGAUAGCAUCCACAUAGCUCGAGGUCGAUUGAAAUCGAACCUCAGCGAGCUAGAAGCUGGCUACGUGAGCUACAGCGACCUGAGAGAUCUGGACUCCAUCAGGUACAGAUUCCAUACAUUAAUCAAGGAACCUAAAGAACAAAACGAAAGCUUCGAGGCCAUUGUCUCUGCCACUAAUCAAGAGAACAAGUUCGUGGCUAGUGCCAGGGAGCAAGAGAGUCGUUUCGAAAGACUCAGACAGUACGAUCCCUUCUUGAUGAAGAUUCAAGCGGAGAAGAUGAAGGAACCAACGACUGAUCGCCCUCAGAAUAAUCGCAAACUGCAUCAAGAAUCUGGAUUCAGAACUUACAGCAUGGAAGACGCAAAGGUUCUUUCGAAAUCGGACACCAGUCGAAUCGUAGAGAACUUGAGGUAUCCUUCGGACGUUCAAAUGAUUUAUGCGAUGAGCGCAACAAAUUCUGGUUUCAACUCAAAGAAUCCUGAGCAUAAAGAGAAUUACGAUGGAUCCAGACCGGGUCCUUAUGAUGGUCUGAACAAAGAACACGGCAGACAGAGCCACAGAAGAGAGAAUUUCGCUAGGGGAAGAACCGAGGAACGUCACGAGGAUGUUGAGACUUCAGCGUCAGAGAACGUGGAGAGUACAGUGACGGGUCAGAGGUUUGUUCCUGGACAGAUUAGCAGAGAACAGGCGUAUGGUAGAGAAUCGAAACGUCUAGAGGAACAACCAGGUUAUAUCGAUAUAGUUUACGCAGAUGAGAACCGUAAUGGCGGCGUGAGGCGUUUCGGGAACGACAGAAUGAAAUCUAAGGGGGAUGCAAGAGUGUUUGGUACGAAGGAUGCUUCAAAGGAUAUCCUCGAGAAUAAACGGGUUAUUAGUCGCAACUGUACCGAGGGAGAAUCCUUGACGAAGAGGAACGACGCGGUUAAGGCGGCCAUAGAGGCGAAGAGAUUGGACGGUUUGUCUAGAUACGCGACAAACUAUCAGGAGAAGCAAGGAUACUUCGAAGAAGGGAUGCAAUUGGUCUAUCAUUAUGGUGGAAUGGAUCGAAAGAAUCCUGGGGAAGAGAAACUUGCUCAAGGGGCUAGAUACAAGCGUGCUCAUAGAGGGAAUGAUACCGAUGAUGAUGUUAUGCACGUCAUUAUGAAAAUCAGAAUUCCCCUGCUUCGCGUGAAAUCCGAUUAUCAUCUGAUGGGUAAAGUUGGCCAGGAACUAGUGAGAGGAAACGGGCAGCUGAAUGGCAACUUCACCGAUGUCGUUGGCGACUUUACGAUCGAAUUGAAAAAAGCCAGUGGACAGGAUGCGUUAAUCGUUCGUGCAGCUAGAAGCAAAUUGAAUUCCAGGAAGCAAAAUGUCUCCCUUCAGGGAAUGAACGAAGAGGGACCAGUAAAGUCCAUUCUCAGUCACAGUUUGAUGGCUGCAGAAGCGGUAGCCGCCAUGCUUGCCGAUGACCUGGCUACCAAGGCCCUCAACGACAAAACGGCGGACGCGAUGAUUUAUAGGAUGUACAAAAACCUUCCGGUCAAUUAAAGUGGCGUCGAGGACAUUCUACCAUUCAAUUGGACUUUUGUAAUUCUCACAGGUUUAUAUCGUAUAAAAUACGUUGACGCAUAAUGCUCAAAACGAUUGUUUCAAGAUGAUUGUAUCAAACAAAAAAAAAAAAAAAAAAAAAAAAAAAAAAAAAA